AUGGCGACCUUAAACGCGACUGUUCGCGAAGACAAAAGAAAUUUUGCACAGUUACGACCGAUUCACAUUACACAAGAUUUGUUACAGCGCGUUGAUGGGUCUGCUGAAUUUAGUUUUGGUUCCUCGUCAGUUAUCUGCUCAAUAUAUGGUCCCGCAGAAGUGAAAAUUCGAGACGAAAAAUUAGACAAAGCUACCAUUGAGGUGUUUGUUAGACCGGUAAUAGGCACUCCAGGCACAAAAGACAAAACAGACGAAUUCAAUCUACGAACCACAUUUGAGAGCGUGAUAAUGACUGGACUGCAUCCACGUACGUUAAUUCAGAUUGUCGCGCAAGUAAAACAUGAUGAUGGAAGUAUACUAGCUACGGCCAUAAAUGCGACUUGCCUUGCACUAAUUGACGCAGGGGUUCCCAUGAAAGCUAUAAUAACGGCGGUCACAUGUAUUGUCACUCAACAAGGCGAUGUCUUGGUAGAUCCUACUUCUAAAGAGGCGGAGGAAGCAGUAUCAACGCAUACAUUUGCUUUCGAUAGUCUCUUUUUUAAUGCAGUGCUAUGUGAAUCGAACGGAAUAUUUACAGAGAAACAGUUUUUAGAAUCCUACGUACUAUGUAAAUCCGGUGCCAAUCAAAUCUACGAGAAAAUACGCGAAUCACUCGGACAUAAAUUCCAGAUUCAGUAUAUUUCUAAAACAUUGCAUUUUGAUCCCUCGACGAUGACGGGGACAGCGACUACUACUGAUAUAGAACCAAGACAAAUUGUUGAUGAUGGCGAUCAGGAAGAAGAUAUGGAGUUGGAAUAA